UAGGUAGAGGCAAUUUCCCAGUGGGUUUCCAAAAAUUUUUUUUCAUAUUUUAUUGGAGAUUUUUACACAGGAGUAAAAUCAUGAGUGAAGAAGGUGCUUCGAGAAUAAUUCCUUGUGAGGAAUCUUUGAGUUCUGAAACAAGUCCCGCGCCAGAAUUAGAGAAUUUAUUUGACGAUCCCCUGCUGUUAGAGACUGAUUUUAGUUGCGAGGACGAAUCGCCUUUCUUUGAUUACACCUGCCAGAAUUCUAGCAAAGAUGAUGAUCAGCCCCAAAAGUUAGAGAAUACUGAUUCUGUUGGCGUAAGCAACGCUACUGAUUUUAUCAGCAUUGGUGUUGGAAGAUGUCGAAGAAAACAAAGAAGGUAUAGAACAACAUUCACAUCAUCUCAGUUAGAAGAAUUAGAACGAUCUUUUCAUGUUAGUCACUAUCCAGAUGUCUUUUCAAGGGAGGAACUGGCUUCUCAGAUUGGAUUGACAGAAGCACGAGUUCAAGUUUGGUUUCAAAAUCGUCGCGCGAAAUGGCGAAAGCAAGAAAAAUUGACACGCUGUAAAACAGACAUUGCUGAUGAUAUCCUAAACGUCUACACCAUUGAACAAGAUAAUGGGGCUGAUUAUCAAAACGAAUUUAGUGAGCAAUGUUCGGGUCUGCCGGACGUAGCCAGCGGUACAGAAACCUCUCAAAUCAAAUUAGAAGACUUGUCUGCCCUGGGCAUUUUUACACUUCCAUCCGAGUGGAAUGAUAAUGUGGAAGACAGAUCAGCCGACAUGGUACAACUUGCUCUGGAUGCAGCAGGUGCCUUUCUCACAUCCUCCGUCGCAACUUCCAUGGAAUUGAAUGAAGAAAUUGACGACGAAGAUUACGUGACGCAGGAUAACUGUAUAUUUGUAGAAAAUUGCUCCGACGACACAGCAUCGACAAACGAUGGCUGUCCAGAUGAAAGUGCGACUGGAUGAUGACAUUUGAGUGGUUUGAACGCUGUUAGACAUUCUAGUAUAGAAAUAAACAAUUUUUGCAAUAUUUUUACCGAUAAUGCAUCUAAAAAAAUCAAUAAAGAAACUUCGGUGCCUUCAACCAGUGAUAAGUUGCUACAACCUAAACAUUUAUCUAUACAUAUUAAUCUAUAAAUUUACCAAUUUAAAAAUAUAGUUCAACUUUCAUGUGUACCAUAUUUAAAAAAAGCAUUUCCGCAACAAUCUGUCGUGGCCCAGGGGGUAAGAAUGAAGAUUCGGGAACAACUAGUUUUUAAUUAGUUUUUGGAAUAAUAAUGGCAAAAAAUAUUUAUAGGAAAAAUUCUAUAAUUUGUUGUUUGAAAUACUGCAGGCGCGGCCUUUUAAAUUAAAAAGAUAGAU